AUGAAUAAGAUCCAAACUAUGGAUAUUCUUCCCAAGAGGAAAAAGCAGAAAGGGAUGCAGCUUUCAGCACCCUCAAGCAGCUACAAAAUACAGUUCAAUGAAGUGGUGAUUUUUAUUUUGGAGAAGAAAAUGGGAGUGACCAGAAGAAUGUUCUUGAUGGACUUAGCAAGAAGAAAAGGCUUCAGGGUAGAAAACGAGCUAAGUGAUUCUGUCACCCACAUUGUGGCAGAGAAUAAUUCUUGUGCUGAAAUAUUGAAAUGGCUGCAAGUCCACAGGAUUGGGGAUAGCUCAGGAUUCAAACUCCUUGACAUCUCAUGGUUGAUAGCCUGCAUGGAGGCUGGAAAGCCGGUGGAUUCAGAGAAAUAUCAGCUCCUUGUAAGGAGAGAGUAUGGUAUAUCAUCUUCACCCCAUCCAGAAAAGCGUGCACCCAUCUCUGUUUCCAAAUUUUCCCAAUAUGCAUGCCAGAGGAGGACAACGUUAAAUAAUUACAACAAAAAAAUCACGGAUGCUUUUGAAAUACUGGCUGAAAACUAUGAGUUCAGAGAAAAUGAAGGACCUUGCCUUGCAUUUAGGAGAGCUGCAUCUGUGCUGAAGUCCCUUCCAUUCACUAUAGUGAAAGCAAAGGAUAUUGAAGGAUUGCCCUGGAUGGGAGAACAAGUCAAAGAAGUAAUUGAGGAUUUUCUUGAAGAAGGGGAGAGUCCUAGAGUGAAAAAUGUGCUAAACUGUGAAUACUACAAAUCAUUUAAGAAGUUUACUUCUGUUUUUGGAGUGGGGAUGAAGACUUCUGAGAAGUGGUACAGGAUGGGUUUGCGGAACCUAGAAGAUGUAAAACAGGACAAAAGCUUGAAACUGACAAGAAUGCAGAGAGCAGGGUUACUACACUAUGAAGACCUCAUUAGCAGUGUAUCUAAGGCAGAAGCAGAUUCCACUGCUCUGAUUGUUAAGGAUACUGUGUGGAGGUUUUCCCCCACUGCUGUAGUGACUUUGACUGGUGGUUUCAGAAGGGGAAAGAAGAUGGGACACGAUGUGGACUUUUUGAUUACCAUUCCGGGAGCAAGUCAGGAAGACGAACUGUUAUACCAAGUGACUGACAUUUGGAAAAAGCAGGGAUUGCUCUUAUACUAUGACAUUAUUGAAUCGACUUUUGAUAAGACAAAGCUGCCAAGCCGAAAAGUUGAUGCUUUAGAUCAUUUUCAAAAAUGCUUUGCAAUUUUAAAAUUACACAAGGAAAGAGUGGAUCACAGCAGAUCUGUGAUUUCCAAGGAUUCAGCUGAGGAAGUGAAAGACUGGAAAGCAAUCCGAGUGGAUCUGGUUGUAACUCCUUUUGAACAGUAUGCAUUUGCUCUGUUAGGGUGGAGUGGAUCAAGGCAAUUUGAACGUGACUUGCGGAGAUAUGCCACCCAUGAAAGGAAAAUGAUGCUGGAUAACCACGCUUUAUAUGAUAAAACAAAGAGAAUAUUUCUGAACGCUGUGAAUGAGGAAGAAAUUUUUGCACACCUUGGCCUGGAUUACAUUGAACCAUGGGAAAGAAAUGCAUAG